AAGGCUCCGAGCCAACAACCGCCGCCUUCGCCGCCUCUUGAAACUCCCGCGCAGGCGCAGUUGUCGUUUGCUACGCCCCGCCUCUCCAACAGCUGGGCAGGCUAGCAAGCCAUGGGCUGCGAAGGUGCGUGAACUGAACAUGACCAAUCCGUUAAGAUACGAAGUGCUGAACCUUUACAAAAAUCUGCUGUACCUCGGAAAGGAAUACCCCAAAGGGGCAGACUACUUUCGGACCCGGCUGAAAGCGGCGUUCUUGAAAAACAAGGAUGUGAAGGAGCCCGAGAAAAUCAAAGAACUCCUUGCCCGAGGGGAGUUUGUCACGAAAGAGCUAGAGGCUUUAUACUUCCUCAGGAAAUACCGAGCUCUGAAACAGCGUUACUAUGAAGAGGAUGGCAAAUGAUGUGCAUUAUGGUUCUAAACGAUUGCCCAGGCCAUAGGUUAAAGUGGGGGGGACGGGACGGACCGAUCUGCAAUAAAAAAAGUAUAGAUUGCCUAUUGACCAAAGGUAAUGGGUU